AUGUACCUAGACAGCGCGUCACAGACGGCCAUAAAAACCGCCCACGAUGAAGACAACGAGAGGAUGAUUGCCGUUGAGAAGGCCAUUCACGAGCGGUUCCAGCAACGCGGUGGACACGAUGGGCUACUGAAAUAUCACGGGCCCUACGACUUUGGCAUCCGCCUCGACAUCCAGGGACGAGCGUUUGAGCAAGAACUACGGUGGGUCUAUCAGAUUAGAGACGCCCUCUGUUAUGCUCAUAACUCGAACGUCAUCCACGGUGAUCUAACGCUUCAUAACGUGCUCUUGACGGAUAAGCUCGAUGCAAAGUUGGCCGACUUUGGCAGCUCGUCCCUGGAUGGGUCUCCUCUGCUUGUUGUCGUAAACGUCAGCCACCGAUAUCUGGGGCCAAGGGAAUCCGUCCGCGCCGACCUCUUUGCUCUCAGACCUCUUGGAGUCAGGAAAUUGGAAAAAAAAAAAAGUCAAGCCUCGAUCAAGGCCGGCGACUUCCCAGAGACAGAAACUCUUGGGCCUGUCGGAGUGAUUAUUACAAGGUGUUGGCGAACGACGUACGCCAGUGCUGCCGAUGUCCGCAAGGAUAUUGAAGGGAUUGCCGAGAACUUACGAGAUCUGCUCAGAGAAAAGCGAACGACAUGUGCAAGCAACUACAGCAUAUCGGCAAAAGGAGUCUAG